AUGCCGCCGUCGAGCGCCAUCGUCGACCACAAGCUUCCCUACCAGACGCACAACACCUAUGACGUCACCUUCUUCGGCGACUCCGUCUUCACCACCCUCACCUGGGAUCCCACCAUCGUCUCGCAGUGGAUUUCCGGAGUCCAGGCCGUCUACCGCCGCCAAAUCGACGCCGGCCACCUCAUCGUCGGCCUCGACGUCGAGUGGCGCCCCUCCUUCCAGCGCCACGUCACCCACCCCGCCGCCACCCUCCAGCUCUGCGUCGGCCGCCGCUGCCUCAUCUUCCAGCUGAUCCACAGCCCCUCCGUGCCGCCGUCGCUCGUCUCCUUCCUCGCGAACCCUAGGCACACGUUCGUCGGGAUCGGUAUCGCGGAGGAUCUGAAGAAGCUGCAGAAGGACUACCGGUUCGGAUUCAACACCAAUCCCGUGGAUCUGAGGGAGCUUGCGGCGGAGAGGUACGGGCGGCGCGAUCUGAAGAACUCCGGCGUGAAAAGCCUGGCGGCGCUGGUGCUGGGGAAGGCGGUGGAAAAGCCGAAGAAUGUGACGAUGAGCCGCUGGGACAAUCCGUGGCUCACGCCAACGCAGGUGCGCUACGCGUGUGUUGAUGCGUUCGUUUGCUUUGAGAUUGGUAGGGUUUUGAAUGCUUCUUCUCCCUCCACCGUUGGGGCUGCAGUUUCGGCUAGGGGUAUUAGGGAUUCGAAUGAUUCCUCUGCUUCCACCGUUGGGUAUGCAGUUUCGGACUCGAAUGAUUCUUCUGCUUCCACCGUUGGGCCUGCAGUUUCGGCUAGGGCUGUUAGGGAUUCGAAUGAUUCUUCUCCUUCCACCGUUGGGUAUGCAGUUGCGGCUUGGGCCGUUUGACUUAUAUGAAUUAGGGAUUUUUGAAAACAUCAUUCGAAUUGAAUGAUUUCUACUUUUGUGUGGAUAGAUUUCGAUGAAUUUCUUCAGUUGAGAAUGCAGAUUUUAUUUGGAAAUUCAAUAUUUUGGUUUCUCGAA